AUGCCAAGCAUAGAUAUUUCAGAGGUACAACAAAUUGAAGGAGAAGGAAAUUGGAUGACUCCAAUAAUAGUUUAUCUCAAAGAUGGAAGGCUUCCAGAAGACAAGGAAGAGACUAGGAAGUUGAGGAUCAGAGUUGCCAAGACGAUCGUGAGGACACCUACAGGCGAAAUUCCCUUCAAACUAGCCUAUGGAAGUGAAGCAGUCAUACCUGCAGAAGUACACAUGGCUAACUGCAAGGUAAUGCAAUAUUGGCGCGAAGAGAAUGAAGAACAACUUCGUCUUAACCUCGAUUUUAUUAACGAGGUAAGGAUGGAUGCGGAGCAGAGGAUAGCAAGAUACAAAAAUCUUAUAGCUAGGCAAUAUGAUGCGAUGGUGAAACCCAGGCGCUUCAACAUUGGGGACCUCGUCCUUAAAAGGGUCUCUUUGGCAACCAAGAACCUAGCUCAUGGAAAACUGGGACCUAAUUGGGAAGGACCCUAUAGGGUCAUUAAUUGCAAAAGGUAG